AUGACCAAGCUCACGCCUGGAAUGCUCAGCGCCCGCGCAUCGACCCUCUCGCUCCGCCAACAAGCGCUAUCGUCAUCCCUCCCAGCCCCCAGCCCAGUCGGGACCACACUCAACCCUCAGUCCUGCAGCCCGUCGCGCAACUUUGUGCUCGCCGAUAUGGACGGUCGAGAUACGAGAGACAACCGCGCCUGCGCAUCCUGUAUCGCUAAAUUGGCGCCCGGCGAGGUUGGGCAGGUCAACUGGCACCUCGCUGAGGACCAGGCCUGUCGCCUGUGCCAAGUCGCCGACAUCGAGCCUGCCGCCUUCACCAAGCCCUUUUGCGACUUCCUGCAGGAGAACCCGACCAUUUUUCACACCGUGGAGUACUUUACGAAAAAGUUGAACCAGUUGGGUUUCAAGGAGCUCUCCACACGCGACUCCUGGGCCGACAAGGUGCAACCCGGUGGCAAAUACUGGGUUACCCGAAACGGCAGCUCUCUGAUUGCCUUCACCGUCGGAAAGGCGUACAAGCCCGGCAAUGGAGUUGCCAUGAUUGGCGGCCAUAUCGACGCCCUCACCGCCAAGCUCCGGCCCGUGAGCACCAAGCCCAACAAGGCCGGAUAUGUCGAGCUCGGCGUCGCUCCCUAUGCUGGCGCCCUCAACGCGACCUGGUGGGAUCGUGACUUGAGCAUUGGCGGCAGAGUCGUAGUGCAGGAUGAGGAGACGGGCAAGACAACUACGAGGUUGGUCAAGCUAGACUGGCCGAUCGCCAAGAUUCCCACUCUCGCUCCUCACUUCGGUGUCGGUAUGAUGGGCACCAACAACGCCGAGACCCAGGCUGUUCCCAUCAUUGGCCUCGAAAGCUCCAAAAACACUCCGUCAGAGCCGCUGGGACCUGCUGGCUCCUUUGUCAACACCCAGCCACCUAGGCUGGUCCAGCUGAUCGCCAAGGAGCUCAGCAUCGAGUCUUAUAGCUCCAUCGUCAACUGGGAGCUAGAACUGUUUGAUUUGCAGCCUGCUCGGACUGGCGGUAUGGACAAGGAGUUCAUCUUUGCCGGCCGCAUCGACGACAAGAUCUGCUCCUGGUCAGCUCUGACCGGUCUCCUCGCCGCAACUAACGACGAGAAUGAGGGCAGCAUCAAGCUCGUGGCCCUCUUCGACGAUGAGGAGAUUGGCUCACUUCUGCGCCAAGGUGCCAGGGGCAACUUCCUUCCCCUCAUUGUUGAGCGUACUGUCGAAGCUCUCAACCCCGAGACCUAUGGCCCUGGUCUCAUCGGGCAGACCUACGCCAAGUCGUUCCUCCUGUCUGCCGAUGUCACCCAUGCCGGCAACCCCAACUUCCUCGAGAAGUACCUCAAUGACCACGUCCCCAAGCUUAACGUCGGCAUCGUCAUCUGUGGCGACAGCAACGGCCACAUGACGACCGACGCCGUCUCCACCGCCAUCUUGCAGCGCGUCGGCAAGCUCGCCGGCUGCGAGACCCAGCUCUUCCAGAUCCGCAACGACUCUCGCAGCGGCGGCACCAUUGGCCCUGCUCUCUCGAGUAUGAUGGGUGUCCGCGCUGCCGAUGCCGGCCUGCCCCAGCUGAGCAUGCACUCGAUUCGCGCCACCACUGGUGCUCUGGACCCUGGCCUGGGCGUCAAGUUCUUCAAGGGCUUUUUGGAUAACUGGGAGAAGGUUGAUGCCGAGUGGCACUAA